AUGAGAUUUAUUUUAUUUCACCUUACAACUUUCAAUCUCUCUCCUUCUAUGUCUCAACCUCGUCUUCUCCGUUUCUCCUCCAAAGCCAACCAUUCCUCCAAUAACUCCGAUGACGAUUCUUUCGAGUUCUUCCCUUGGUCCGAUUCCGACAGCGAAUUUCAAUGGCUUCCUGAGGAUAGAGUUACAUUGUUCACUACUGAUGGACUGUUCCAGAUCGGAGGCAAAAUGGUUCCCCGCUGUGUGAGAUCUUCAGAUAAGCAAGGGAAAUCCAAAACUGCUAAAAGAUUUCGAAGGUAUCGAGAGAGUAACUACAUGGACCCCAAUCAAGGCCUUUGUCUGGGUGCACUCUUUGUUAUUGCAGCUACAAAUGUUUUGGGUUGGAGACUUGUGAAUGUUGAAGGUGAGAUUCUAUAAGGUUGUUGAAGUUGCAGGCCAUUUCCCCAAUAUCCACAUCGAACAACCAAAUCAAGUCAGAGCAGAACUAUGGACUGCAUCCAUUGGUAAGCCUUAGACCAAUACAAUUGUGCCCCUUACAAUCAAUUAAUCAAAUGAUAGGGUUGGAUCGAUAUAUAAAGGAAUAUAUGUAAUGUAUAAAUGGUUUUAUGUGAAUAUUGAAACAACAAGUGCUGAUGAACUGUCAGGUAUCCUUGUUAUUUUGACUUUACAUCCCUGAUCUAUAGUUUAACCAUUUUGAUUGAGGUAUUUAUAGACAGAUUGUUAGAGUAUAUUAUCAUUUUAGAA